AUGGAGGACAUUGACGAUUGGUUCCAUAGAUUAAACAAGGCUUACGGACGUAAUGGCAUAUAUGAAUUGAACAUUGCUGGCAACCGACAAAUCGUUGUGACUCGCGCCGAGUACGUCGAUAAAUUCUUGGUCACCGAAACUUCUUCGCAUGUCAUGAGAACCGCGAACAAUGGUCUAUUAAGUUUAUUUGACCUUGAAAACAAAGGGGUAGGAUUGAAUCAUGAUUACAAAUAUUGGAAAUUCAAUCGUCAUCUCUUCUCGCAAGCCAUCAUGCCACUAAGCUCAACCGAAAAACCCAGCGACAUUUUGAAUCCACUGAUCGAAGAGAUGUCAAAUUACUGGGUCGAUUUGAAGCGACCGGGAGACGAUGGAGCCAUCAUCGACAUAUCCAUUUGGAUGCGUCGAUUCACAGCGGAUUUCAUAUCUUUGUUGACGACCGGGAAACGAAUGGCUAUCAUGGAACAUUACUGUAAGAAAUUAAAGAACGAGCCGAUAACCAAGGAGAUGAUCGAUUCCGAAGAGUUUUGCGAAAGCAUACACACUUUUAUGUCCGAUAAUCAGGUUAUAUUCGUGCCAAAAAUCCUGAGAAGCUUUCCUUUGAUUAAACAUCGCAUAGAUUAUCUGCUAGGAAAUUGCAAUAAGUUCUAUGGUAGAUUGGUGGACAUCAUCAGGAAAAGGAGAAAAGAGAUCGAUGAAACUAUCAAGAGUGGUGGAAAAUUAGACACGAAACGGAUGGAUCUACUUACAUCUUUGAUCCUCGCUAACACAAAAUACGACCCUCAUCCUCUAAAACAUAUUGAUCCCUCGUUGGCAAGACCCAUGACUGAUGAUGAAGUCCGUGGUGUCAUGUUUGACGCGUUUGUUGCCGGCACAGAUACUGUAAGUGUAUACUACCUCUCACAUAACCCCGAGGCCAAAAAGAAAUUGUUGGAAGAGAUCGACACGGUUUUCAAAGAUGACCCGAACAAACCAGUCACCUUGGAAGUUCUUGAACAGUUAAAAUAUACGGAAGCGAUAAUUAAAGAAACGUCAAGAAUAAGACCUACAGUCAGCAUGGUUUCAAGAUAUAGCAGUAAACCCGAUGAGAUAGCCGGACACAAAUGGCCAGCCAAUCAAUUGUUUAUUAUGUACGUUCGUGGAAUCAAUAACAACCCACUUUAUUGGAAGGAACCCGAAAAAUUCAUUCCGGAAAGAUUCCUCCAUCCUGAAGAGAUACAGAAAAACUCUUUCUCGAUGUUUGGUGGGGGUUCGAGAAUGUGUCUGGGCAGAAAGAUCGCAAUCAUCGAAUUAAAAACGUUGCUGGCCUUGGUCUAUAAAAGUUUUGAUGUCGAAUUGGUUGAUAUGCAGGCACCUCUUAAGGUCGAGACUUCGACAAUUACGGUGUGCAAAGAAUUGAAGGUCAGGGUCAUUCCUCGUGAAAAGGUUUAG